UUAACGCCCCACCCCACAACAGCAGCAACCAAUCAUCAUGUCUCUGGUGACGGAAGAGAUUAAAGCCAAUGCAGAGGUGUACUAUGGCAAUGAAAUCUGCCAAGAGAAGUCUAAAUUCUUGCUGAAAGAAGUAGGGCUGCCCAAUGGCCUGCUGCCCUUGCAGGACAUGGAGGAGUGCGGGUAUGUCAAAGAAACUGGCUUUGUCUGGCUGAAGCAGAAGAAGAAGACGGAGCACAAGUUCGAGAAGAUCGGGAAGCUGGUUUGCUACGCGCCCGAGGUCACGGCCUAUGUGGAGCCCAACAAGAUCAAGAAGCUCACUGGCGUCAAGACAAAGGAGUUCCUGCUCUGGAUCACGCUCAGUGACAUCUACGUCGACGACCCACGCACCGGAAAGAUCACCUUCCAGACUCCGGCAGGCCUCUUCCGCUGCUUCCCGGUCUCGGCUUUCCAGGUCGAAGAGCCGCAGCCGCCCAAGGACGACAAGGGACCCAAUCCCAAUUUGGCACCUGCUGCUGCAGCAGCACCUCAGCAGCAAGUCAAGGAGGUGUAGUCCAGAGAAAGAGCCAGUUAGGUUGCUUUGCUCUGCCCGUACCGUACCCUCAUAUAUAUAUAUAUAUAAUAUAAUUUGGGAGAACAAGGAGGGUUUGAUGACUACUGUACUCCUCUACUCUAUUAAAUUAAUCCCCAUGGAUUGGUCCAUUUGAUGACUAGAACAA